UGUGUGUCAGUGGUGAAGGGAGUGAAUGUUUAAAGUGGUGGAUGGGGCACUGACCAAGAGAGCUGCUUUGUUCCCGAUGGUGUUGAGGUUCUUGAGUGUUGUUGUUGCGGGUGGUUUUCUGGUGAACCAGGUUCUCCAGAAUGAGCAGCUGCCAGUACUGAGUACUGCAUUCCAUGAUCAAACAGGCAUGAACUACAUUCCGGGAUCGCUAGAUAAUAACUCACUCCUGAACCAGCAACAGGGUGAUAUUCAGCAGGCUUCCGUGGAAUUGCCACUACAACUUUUACACACAAUCCAGAAUCCCAAGUAUGAAACCAACAACCUGCCUGGGUGUACGCUUGAGCAGAAUGGACAACAUGAAAUACUGUGCCAUCAGCCGCAGGCACAACACAUCUACUGCUCUGUUCCACCUAUCCAGCAGCAGUACUCUGGUAUUACCAAUUACCCCAGGUCAUACCCUCCUUCUGACCAGUACCCCGAUCAGAGGAUUGCACCUCACAUUACUCAGGAAUCGCACCAUCUGCUCUAUCCUAAACCCAUUUACUCAUACAGCAUUCUAAUCUUCAUGGCACUGAAGAACAGUAUAGCAGGAAGUUUGCCCGUCAGUGAGAUCUACAACUUCAUGACUGAGCAUUUCCCAUACUUUAAGACAGCACCCGAUGGCUGGAAGAACUCAGUGCGACACAACCUAUCUUUGAAUAAAUGUUUUGAGAAGGUGGAGAACAAGUCUGGGGGAACAUCCAGAAAAGGCUGUUUGUGGACCCUGAACCCCAGCAAGAUCCAGAAGAUGCAGGAAGAGCUGCAGAAAUGGAGGAGGAAAGAUCCUGGGGCUGUGAGAAAGAGCAUGGCCAAGCCAGAUGAACUGGAAAAAUUGAUUGGAGAAAAACCUGAUAAAACAAAGUCCUCAAUGAUGGCAUCACCUUCUCUCUAUCCACAAACCCCAUUAUCUCCACUGCAUGUUCAGGAUCAAUCCCACUCCCAGCAUCUGGGACACUUUCAACCUCCAUGUAUAAUUCCCCACCCUCAGCUUCAUCCAUACCAUGAGCCUGGAAUGCAGAUGAACACUAACCAGGAUUGCUCAGAUCAUGCAAUCACACAACCUCAACUUUGUCAGCCCCAUCUCUACAACCAAACCAGAGCACAAACCAACUCCACUCAAGAUUCUCCUAUCCCAGGACAGACGCCACCAAUUCACAGAAUCCCUGACAUCAGCAGCCAGCUGCUAACAGAGAACACCCCGACCAAGGAUAUAAAUGACAUCCUUGUAGAAGGAGAUAUCAGCACAGAUGUCGAUGCGCUCAAUCCUAGUCUUGUAGACUUUGAAUUUCAAGGUAAGUCUCAGCCUCUGGAUGAUUAUCCCUGUGCUGUUAAUUGAUCUCAGUGGUGAUGACAU